UUGAGGCGGGGCAUAAAGGAUGCUUUAUAAUGCCUGUACCCUGAGCCGAACUAUGUGACUUUGGUGAAACUUCUCAUAGCACCAGACUCAAGAAAGAAAACCAGUAAACAGCGACGGACUUUUAACAUCUCGGACCGCGAUGGAUCUAAUAAUUAAAGAAAUAAAUGGAAACACAAAACGUCUGCCUGUGGACUGCAAUGCUACAGUUGGUCAUCUGAAGCUGCUCAUUUCGCAUCACUUCAAUGUGAACCCUAUUCAGCAGAAGCUGUCUGCAAAUAAUGGUCAACGAAUCAACCUCGACGAUGAUUCCAGAAGCCUCAGCAGUUACGGAUUGCACGCAGGGUCCACGAUUGCGCUCCUCAUCACGACCCCUGGACCCAUGCAGGUGUUUGUCAGGAAUGAGAAGGGCAUAACGAGCACCUACGAUGUUAAUCCCAACGAGACAGUGGAUCAGCUUCAGCGUAAGAUCUACAAUAAAGAAAGAGUCCCGGUGGACCAGCAGAGGCUCAUUUUUAACGGCAGACACCUGGAGUCCGGCAGGAUGUUGCAAGACUACGACAUUACAAAUCAUAGCACCAUUAACAUGACUCUCCGUCUCCGAGGAGGUUAAUCGAAAAGUUUGACCUGGAGCUACGAGAAUUGCAAUGGCGAAAUCCCCAACAUUCCUACUGAAUCUAAUCUGUAUAUUCUGAGGGAAAAAGACCAGAAAUGCAAUAAAGCAGUGUUGUAAGUCACUUUGAAAAGUAUAUGCACAUAAUUGUCUUAACGUAACUGCCUGUAAUCAAUUGUGCAAUGUAGGCCUAUUACAUUUAUUGAAUCUUGUAUUGUAAUAUUUAAAAUGGUUUCUUUCAUUGUAAAUAAAAUGGUUGUAAAUAAAAAGAUACUCUAA